GAAAGAGCGACCGACUACCUCCACGCUGUGAACAUUGCCCUUGCGAACCCAUCGAGUCAACUUUCUAGCUUCUCGACCACCGCAACCAUGGCUGAUUCCGAAUACAACGCCGAGGAGGCUGCCGGUACGCUCCCAUUCCCACUCCCACUUCCCUUCGCAAGCCCUUCACCGGUCCGCCACGAUCAAUUCACCUUCGAGCACGAGACAGCGGAGGAUGCAGGCGGCACCUGACGGACGAAGAGCCCUUAAGGCCAAGCGCUCGUUCCGCAAGUUCUCCUACCGUGGAGUCGACCUCGACCAGCUCCUCGACCUCGGCUCUGAGGAGCUCCGCGACCUCGUCCACGCCCGUGCCCGCAGAAGGUUCAACCGCGGUCUCAAGCGCAAGCCCAUGGGUCUGAUCAAGAAGCUCCGCAAGGCCAAGCAGGAGGCCAAGCCCAACGAGAAGCCCGACCUCGUCAAGACCCACCUCCGUGACAUGAUCGUCGUCCCCGAGAUGAUCGGCUCCGUCGUCGGUGUCUACUCUGGCAAGGAGUUCAACCAGGUCGAGAUCAAGCCCGAGAUGGUUGGCCACUACCUCGCCGAAUUCUCCAUCUCAUACAAGCCCGUCAAGCACGGUAGGCCCGGUAUUGGUGCCACUCACUCUUCCCGUUUCAUUCCUCUCAAGUAAAUGGUUUGGGUUACUGGUUGCAUGGGUUUCGUGGGGUGGAUAGUGUGUACUUGACGACCUCACAACGAAUACAGGUGUUAGGUGCAUUACACUUU